CGGGACGACGGGCCGGCGCUGAGCGGGGUGGUUCGUCCUGUGGCCGCGGCGGGCUCGGCGUCUCCUCUGGCGGCCGGCGGGGGACUCCGGGGAUGGAGACCUUGUCUUUCCCCAGAUACAACGUCGCUGAGAUCGUGACUCACGUUCGAAACAAAAUCUUAACCGGGGCCGAUGGCAAAAACCUCUCCAAGGGUGACCUCUACCCCAACCCAAAGCCCGAGGUCCUGCAUAUGAUCUACCUGAGGGCCUUACAGAUCGUGUACGGCACGCGCCUGGAGCACUUCUACAUGAUGCCAGUGAACUCGGAUGUCAUGUAUCCACACUUAAUGGAAGGCUUCUUACCCGUCAGCAACCUGUUUAUUCAUCUGAACUCAUUUCUGCCCAUUUGCCGGGUGAACGACUUUGAGACGGCCGACAUUCUGUACCCAAAAGCCAAAAGGACCAGCCGGUUUUUGAGUGGCAUCAUCAACUUCAUCCACUUCAGGGAAGCAUGCCGUGAGACGUACAUGGAGUUCCUCUGGCAAUAUAAAUCUUCUGUGGACAAAAUGCAGCAGCUGAAUAUGGCUCACCAGGAGGCCUUAACGAAGCUGGAGAAACUUGAUUCUGUUCCAGUGGAGGAGCAGGCCGAGUUCAAGCAGCUUUCCGAUGAGAUCCAGGAGCUGCAGCAGCUGCUGAGCCAGGACUUCCAGCAGAAAACGAUAAUGCUGCAAGAGAGAAAUGCCCAGAAGAAGUCUGAUAUCUUAGAGAAAACCAAGUAUUUGAAUGAGCUAAAAUUGUCAGUGGUUUCUUUGAAAGAAGUACAAGAGAGUUUGAAAACAAAAAUUGUGGAUUCUCCAGAGAAGUUAAAGAAUUAUAAAGAAAAAAUGAAAGAUACAGUUCAGAAGCUUAAAAAUUCCAGGCAACAAGUAAUGGAGAAGUACGAGGUAUAUCGUGACUCAGUGGACGGCCUGCCCUCCUGCCAGCUGGAGGUGCAGCUGUAUCAGAAGAAAAUACAGGACCUGGCGGAGAACAGGGAGAAGCUGGCCGGCGUCUUAAAGGAGAACCUGAACUUGGAGGACCAGAUUGAGAGCGGUGAGUCAGAACUGAAGAAACUGAAGGCUGAGGAAAACUCUUUGCGGAGACUGAUGAAUGUGAAGAAGGAAAAGCUCGCCACGGUGCAGUUCAAAAUCAACAAGAAGCAUGAGGACGUCAAACAGUACAAGCGCACGGUGAUCGAAGAUUGCAAUAAAGUUCAAGAAAAAAGAGGUGCUGUCUAUGAGCGGAUAACCACCAUUAAUCAAGAAAUCCAGAAGGUUAGAUUUACCGUUCAGCAGCUGAAAGAUGCCACUGAGAGGGAGAGGCUGAGGUCCCAGGAAAUAUUUCUGACCUUGAAAGGGGCUCUGGAGAAGUACCACGAAGGCAUUGGGAAGGCGGUGGAGGAGGGCUGUGCCAAGCUGGAGGGGAAGGCCGCGGAGCUGAGGAGGAGGAUGGCCUCACUGCCCACUUGACCCGCACACACAGGGGCUUGUGAGUAGCUCGUGUGGUUUAAUGGCCUUUGUAAUUGGAAGCUGGAGUUAAUGGAAGCAUCAGAAGUACCAAAUAAUGUUGCUCAGUCACUUUUUGUAUCCUCAUAGGUUAUUAUUUGUAGGGUAAUGCGUUUAAUGUGGACUUUCCGUAACCCACUGACAAUAAAGCUGUGUAGUUGUUCCUGA